GUAGAAUUUCACUGGAAAAAAGUUUUGCCAUGAUAGACUAAUAAUUGAACAAAAAAUUUAAUAGUUAUCAGAUGUUUUUAGCAAAAGAAAGUUGGUCGUUUAAUGAAUUUGAUAUAAAAACAAUGGUUGAACUUCUUACAUUUCAAUUAUUGACCUUAUUUAAGUUUCCUUGCUCACCCAAAAUGUUAUAUAUUGAACUUAUUCUAUUGGCUAAAACCACCAAUUAACUAUCAAAAUUCAAGGUGCGAUCUUGUAUUACACUUCAAAAGUUAGGUUAUAGGUUACUUCUGUUUUGGUUUUGGAUUUCAUAAUUAGGGGUUAAAAAUGACAUUCUAACUGAGAUCUCUGCUGUAUUUCAAGUUAUGCUAUGCAUUGAAUACAUGAUCAACUUCUCAUGUAGAAUGCUUCUUUACAUGGCAGAGAUGUUGCGGGUGGCAUGAUGUCCAAUCAAGGUUUUGGUGAAUUUGACAAGCUGCAGCUUCAAACUCCUAAACCUGCUGCCAAAUGUUACUGGGACAGGAUAUGUUGGCGGGAAUGCACUUGCUCAAUAGUGGUCAAGUGGAUCCCCCGCAGUGACAGUGGACUGGCAAGGCAACUUUUUGGACCUAGAGGUAAUUUCCUGAAACGGGCUGCCAUAUUAUAUAUCAGUGAGAAAGGAUCUAUUAAUGAUCCAGGCAAGGAAGUGAAACUAGGAGGAAGGCCAGCCGCUGAACACCUGAAUGAAUUAUUUAUGUUGAUGAUACAAGGCUGAGAGAGGAAAUUAUAGAAGAAUAUCUCAAACCAUUGCAGUUGUGUGAAAUAGCUAUGCUGAAUUCAGUUUCAUAGGAGGUAGUUUUGGGCUAAAUGGUAGUGUAUCUCCGUUCAAUUAAAGCAGAGCGCAACAUGCGAAAACAGGCAGAUGAGUGCUUGAGUUUUUGCCUUCCUACAACUGUUUCAACUCCACACCAGAAAUUCAUGGCUUUUGAAUGCCCUGCAAUACAUCUCAGUUUAGCAAAGCUACAAAAAGAAUGGGCCAACAGUUCAUGUGUUGAUCUUUCUUGUGGGUUUUCUUUUAUUUCGUGUUCUUUUUAUUACAUUUUCAAUUUUAUUUUUAAACAGCAACAGACAAAUGAAAAUAUGCACUUGAUUUUUAGGUUCUGGAGAGGUGAGCUUUUUCCUGUAAACAUUAUGCAUUAAUUGAAUUUGUUCUUGUGUUAUUGAUAAUA